AUGAUCGCCACCGGCGGCCUGCUGAGGAUCUCCGCCCGGAAGCAGGACCCCCUGCGCCCUCCGGGCCAGGCGCCCAAGCGCAAGCGCAAAGUCCAGAGGAGGCGCAAGAACGACGUGGUGGUGGUGAAGGGCAAGCUCAAGCUAUGCUCCAUCUCGGGGCUCAUCGCCCUGUGCGGGAUCCUGGUGCUGUUGGUGGGCAUCGCCAUGGCCGUGGUGGGUUACUGGCCCAAGGCCAACGGGGCCGGUCGGGAGGGUGGCAGGCAGCUGCCCCCCGCCAGCAGCGGCCACCGCGGCGCCCUCACCGCGGCCAAUAACAGCAGCAGCGGCAGCGGCGGCAAAAGCCGGGCCCAGGGCCCUCCGGGGCCGGGGAGGGGCCGCAACACCAGUUCCUCCGCGGGCGCCGCCCCGUCCCCGCCCUCCUCCACGUCGGUGGGGUUUUUCUUCCGUGUCUUCUCCGGCUACCUGAACUCGGACAAGCUCAAGGUCCUGGGGCCCCUCAUCAUGGGCAUCGGCAUCUUCCUCUUCAUCUGCGCCAACGCCGUGCUGCACGAGAACCGCGACAAGAAGACCAAAGUCAUCAACCUGCGGGACCUCUACUCCACGGUCAUCGACGUGCACAGCCUGCGCGCCAAGGACCUGGCCGCCGCGGCGCCCCCCGGGGCCGCCCCCCUCAAUGGCUUCCUGGGCUGCGUGCAGGCGCGGGGCCUGGAGCUGAAGCCCGGGAGCUGCAUCGGGGGCGCCGGGGACGCCUUCGGGGCGGCGGCGAUGCUGGCCCGGGGCUCGUGGCCGCACCCCGCGGACCGCCGGGCCAGGGACCCCGCGUCCCCCCGCUGCCCGCGGGAGCCCCCGAGCCUGGCGGAGGCGGUGUACAGCAUCUACCGGGAGCGCUCCGGGGUGGCCGGCCGGCGCCGGGCCGCCGCCGCCGCCGUGGCCGCCGCCGCCACCGCCACCGCGGCCGCGGGCAGCAGCUGCAGCACCCCUGGCCCCUGCAGCCCCCGCGGGAGCUGGGGCCGCCAGAGCACCGCCAGCUCCCUCCUGGACUCCUCGCUGAGCGCCUUCGCGCUGCUGCCCUUGCAAGGGGACCGCGACGGGGACGGGGACCCCGAGGGCGCGAGUUGCAGCUGGCACAGAGCCCCCGGGGAGCGCGGCUCCGGGGAGAUCCCGCGGGGCGAACUUGACCUGAGCUUGACCGACGACCUCCGCGGCAGCCCGGGGGGCGCGCGCUGGGCGCCCAGGCAGCGGGUGCAGGAGCCCGGGGCGCAGGGAGGGCCGCUGCCCAGGACCGGCAGGCAGGCGGCCCCGCGGCGCCGCAGCACCAGCGGGCUCCCCGACCGCCGGGCACCCCUGUCCCCGGAGCCCCCGCCCGCCCUGUGCAGCGAGGACCUGGAUGCCGCCCCUGCGCCCCCCGCCGGGCUGGGCUCGCCCAGCUCCCAGUCCGAGGACCUAUCCUGCAGCCAGCAGGACUACACGCCCCUGCGCGAAGCGGGCACCUCCUUGGAGUCGGUGGUGGACGCAGGAGCCAGGAAAAGUCCAGACUGUGAGGCCACCGCCAGCCCGGGCCCUGAGGAGCAGAGCCCAACAGAGACCGUCCGGGAUGGCGCCAGCCCAGGGCCGUCCAGGGACCAGCCCCCCCUGGCAGGGCAGAGGCAGUUUACUGAGAAACUCUGCAUGGUUUCCGGGUCUCAGGCCACAGGGGUAGAGGUCGGAGAACUGGAAAGCACUGGCGAUUAG